AUCAGUUGCUCUAUAUGGAAAAUUAAUAGUUUUCUUUAUGGAAAUAAAAAAUUUGGUAGGAGAAAUUAUUAUUUGUUGUUGGCAAAAAUAAAAUGUAGAACAGACUAUUUUAGGGCCUGCGUUUUGAAACAAUUUGUCUCAUCUGAACAGAAAGAUGGCAGCCACCGCUGCAAAAGCUGCUUUCACCACCACCAUCCCUUCAUCUUCAAACUCAAACCACGUUUUCAGAACCACCUUCCCAUUUUCCACACACACAAACACUCCCUCUAAACUCCAUCUCCGCUCACUCAAAAUCUCCGCUUCAGUUUCCAACUCUCCCCAACAAAUCACCUCCCUCCCCUCAACCGAACAUUUCAUUUCCCGAUUUGCCCUCAACGAACCACGUAAAGGCGCCGAUAUCCUCGUCGAAGCACUCGAACGUCAAGGCGUCACUGAUGUCUUCGCUUACCCUGGCGGCGCGUCAAUGGAAAUCCAUCAAGCACUCACGCGCUCAAAAACCAUCCGUAACGUUCUUCCACGUCACGAACAAGGUGGAAUUUUCGCUGCCGAGGGUUACGCUCGUUCCUCGGGUCUCUCUGGUGUUUGCAUCGCUACUUCCGGUCCCGGUGCUACUAACCUCGUCAGUGGACUCGCUGAUGCUCUGCUUGAUAGUAUUCCGCUUGUUGCAAUUACCGGUCAAGUUCCUCGGAGAAUGAUAGGAACUGAUGCUUUUCAAGAAACUCCGAUUGUUGAGGUAACUAGAUCAAUCACGAAGCAUAAUUAUCUUGUUCUUGAUGUUGAUGAUAUACCUAGGAUAGUGAAUGAAGCGUUUUUCUUAGCUACUUCAGGUAGACCUGGACCUGUGUUGAUUGAUAUACCUAAGGAUAUUCAGCAACAGAUUUCGGUUCCGAAUUGGGAUCAACCUCUUAGGUUAGCAGGGUAUACGGCUAGGUUACCGAAAUCACCUCAGAAGGUGCAUUUAGAGCAGAUUGUUAGGUUGAUUAUGGAAUCUAAGAAACCUGUUUUGUAUGCUGGUGGUGGUAGUUUGAAUUCUAGUGAGGAAUUGAAGCGUUUUGUUCAGUUAACUGGUGUUCCGGUUGCUAGUACUUUGAUGGGUUUGGGUUCGUAUCCUACUUCGGAUGAGAAUUCACUGCAAAUGCUUGGAAUGCAUGGAACUGUUUAUGCUAAUUAUGCUGUUGAUAAGAGUGAUCUUUUGCUUGCUUUUGGAGUUCGGUUUGAUGAUCGGGUUACCGGGAAGCUUGAGGCUUUUGCUAGUCGGGCUAAGAUUGUUCAUAUUGACAUUGAUUCUGCUGAGAUUGGGAAGAAUAAGCAGGCUCAUGUUUCGGUAUGUGGGGAUUUGAAGUUGGCUUUGAGGGGUAUUAAUCAAAUUUUGGAGAGUAAAGGGAUACAGAGUAAGCUUGAUUUUGGAGCUUGGAGAGAAGAACUGAAUGAGCAGAAACGUAGGUUUCCGAUGAGUUAUAAGACGUUUGAUGAAGCUAUUCCUCCGCAAUAUGCUAUACAGGUUCUUGAUGAGCUUACUAAUGGGGAUGCUAUCAUAAGUACUGGUGUUGGACAGCACCAGAUGUGGGCUGCUCAAUUUUACAGCUACAAGAGACCUAGACAGUGGUUGACCUCUGCUGGUCUUGGCGCCAUGGGGUUUGGGUUGCCUGCUGCCAUGGGAGCUGCUGUCGCUAAUCCUGACGCUAUUGUGGUUGACAUCGAUGGUGAUGGAAGUUUUAUGAUGAAUGUUCAGGAGCUUGCUACGAUAAAGGUGGAGAAUCUCCCGGUUAAGAUACUGUUGCUGAACAAUCAACACUUGGGUAUGGUUGUUCAGUGGGAGGAUCGGUUCUAUAAAGCCAAUAGAGCUCACACCUAUUUGGGAGACCCAGCCAAUGAGAAAGAAAUAUUCCCCAAUAUGUUGAAAUUUGCAGAUGCUUGUGGUAUUCCGGCAGCUCGUGUGACAAAGAGAGCAGACCUUAGAGCAGCAAUUCAAAAAAUGCUGGAUACCCCUGGCCCCUACCUGCUUGAUGUCAUUGUACCGCAUCAAGAGCACGUGUUGCCGAUGAUUCCCGCUAAUGGAUCCUUCGAUGAUGUCAUAACUGAGGGUGAUGGCAGGAUAAGUUACUGAUUUCUCAAGUUAGGUUUAUCUUGAUACGGGCUUUGUAUAAUAGUAAGCCAUAAUGUUAUAGUUUUUGUUUUAGCAUUGGUAAUAAGACAACCUUGUUGGUAAUAAGAAAAACUUGUUUGUUUCAUUUCCCUUAUAAAUAUACCCUAGUUACUGCUCUUAUAAGUUAUAACGGCUAUUUUAAUUGGUAUUUCUCUUGGAUUAUUUGUUUACUGAAA